CCCGUUGAACAGCGAUAUGGCAGUACAGGAACAGAAGAUUGGUCGCUGGUCAAAGCAGGCACUCUCAUCUGGUAGGUUAGGAUAUACGUUGCCAUACCAGCGACCGGCUUCAGUGUCUCCCAUCAGAGACUCACCAGUCAGGAUAAAAUUGGGAGAACUGUCCCUGAAUUCGCCAUUGGGUCGUACCAUGCCAUCAUUAACAAGAUCAUUUGCUGGGACCAUGAUCACCUCAGAUCAGUUUGGUACACCAUCAUACCCUUCACCGUUAGACAGAAUUAGAACUGGUAAAAGAGAAAGAGCUGCACAGCUUGGCUUGAGUUCAACUGGUAACACCUCAUUUGAAUUGAACCAAUCCUUCCCCAAAACUGACAAGUCUAAAUACAAGAAUGAUGAAGUCACCUCACCAGCUGAACCGUUAGGAGUUACAUUAGAUAAAUUUACAGGAGAUGAAUUGAAUAGUUACAGUUUUGCACCCGGCCAUUCUAAGGGAUCGUUUGCGCCGUCACCUGACUUGAAUCUUAACCAGUCCAUGGGUACAUCAUGGACAUUCUAUAAUUUUGUUGGUGGUGGUCAGUCUGGUGUAGCAUUUCCAACAACUGUGAAGAAUCCUAACAAAGCUGUGUGUACUGUGGAAGCCAGAACAACAAAGAUUUUAGUGGCUAACGAGAUGGCCUGUGAGUUAUUUGGUUAUAAAGCUGAACAGCUUUACGGAAUGAAAUUAUCUAAUUUACUGUCGAUACCCAAUCAGAAGAAACAAGAAGCGUUGAUGGAGACCUAUUUAGAACCAUCAGGUGAAGUAGUUACAGUGUCUGGCAAAGUUAUGGAGGCCACUGACUCUACUGGUUUGGUGAUACCAGUAUCGCUGUGGAUGAAGCAGUUAACAUCAAGUAAGGAUGAGAAUCCCAAAUGUCUAACAGUCAUUGAACCAGUUGAGAGAACAUCGGCUACACUCACCUUUGACUCUAAUGGCACUGUAAUAACAGCUGACAACCAGUUAGCUUAUCUCCAUGGUUACACAACAUCUAAAGAGCUGGAAGGAAUGAAUAUCAAGCAGUUGAUACCAUCAUUUGUGUUGCCAAAAUCAGGAGAGCAUUUGGAAAAGGAAUUUCGUAAACAACGAGCUACUGGUCGAACAAAAGAUGGCGCAACGUUUCCCCUGAGUGUGACAAUUAAGUCACCGAGUGAACAUAUUACGGAACAGGAUGUGAAACAACACAAUAAAGGAACACCAUUAGAAACGUUGAAGGAACAUCCUACUGUGGAAUCAGAAGUUGAAAAUCUAUCUACCAUUGCACAAAAUCGAACACCGGAAACUGAUUUAGGAUCGACUGGUGGCAGUUUUGCGAAAUUUAGCAGUACUGGUGGUAGCAGUGAUAGUGACAAGGGUUCGGAAAAGACACUUUACACAGCUGUGGUGUGGGUGUUUGCUAAUAUCAGUGGUAUGGUCAGUUUUCUACCGGAUGGCACCAUUCAUAGCAUCAAUCAUAAUUUUGCUCUUAUGCUCUUUGGUUACUCACAACAAGAGCUGGUCAGCAAGCCAAUUACCUUGUUAAUACCUGAGUUUUAUGACCAUGUUGAUAUGAUAGAUGACAGCUCAAUGCCAUUGCCACCAUUUGAUGAUGAUGAGGACUUAACAAAACCAUUUUUAUUACCUGAACAACUUUACAAAACCAGCCCAAAAGAUAUUGAUAUAACACCAUCCAAUAAACGUUGGAAACAGAAUAUGGAUGGGCUGUCAACAGGCGAGUUAAUUCUUGAAGCAGACCGCGUGAUAGCUAUGGCGAAUGAGAGUGGUGUUGGUUCUAGUAGACCUGAGAGCACCAGCACUGCGGACUUACUGAACACUCCGUCAUCUGUUCCACCUCCUGAUGCACCAGUCAGUGCCAGCAAAGAAAGUGGAAUUGACAGUCCAGGUGUGCCACCUUUAGAUUUAACUGAACUAGAUAAUGUGAGGAAUGAUCACCCAGUACCCAUCAGUAGUAAGAGUGAAGAGCUAAACAUUAAGAUGCAUGCUUUAGGAAUAAAGGAUUCAAGUUUUGAAAAUAUGCAAACCAGUAAUAGUCGUGAUUGCAAUAAAAGGACGUCACCUGUCUGUUCAGAUGCAAAUGAACAAAGUUAUAACCAAUCAGAACAUAGCAUGGCCACACCAGGAUUGGAUGAGUUAAACUGCUCCACUCAUAGCACUGAAACAGCGGACUUGCUCCGAACGCCAUCCCCGAUACUGACCAGUCCGUCACCUCGUAGUGAAACAUCAGGAAGUGUUUUCCUACACCUUGAUAACAUGUCGGUGAGUAGUCGAGAGUCACGUUCCACCACUGAGCCGAUCACCGUCAGAGAGGCUUACCCUCUUAAACACCAUGACAGGACUGCUGGACAUGCUUUGAGUGGGGAGGGUGACGCAACAGUUAACUUUCCCGUGAGAAAUGUUUCUGAAUGCAAAGUUGAUGAUCACCGUAGGGUAGGAGAUGCAACAACACCCUCGAAGUCUGCUAGACCGGAUAGUUCCCAAUUAACCUCCACACCGGCUAAUAACAAGGUUUUAACAACGAGUAGACAAGUAUCAAUGUCUUGUAGUAAUUGUAUACCUGAGGGAAGUUUUAAUGGACAAGCAAGGCACAGAUGUGGUAGUCUCCUAGGUGUAAUAUUCCAAAUCAAACGCGUUGAUUUGGAUGAUGGUGAUGUGUUAUAUUGUUGUUGGAUAACCAGAGACCCCUCAGACAUGGCUGAAGGCGGUAGAUGUACUGCUAAUAUCACAUUAGCUUCCAGUAUGAAUAGUACAUUUGACCAGUCUGCAUUGAGUCUGGGUGAGGCAAUAACUCAGACAGCAAGAACCAAUUCAUCAGAGCCUGAAGAGCUGUCACCUGGGAGAGGUAUUUAUGAUGAAAGAUAUGAGACGUUACAAUCUAUUGGUAAAGGUGCUUUCGGUUUUGUGAAACUUGCUGUUAGGAAGUCUGAUCAACUCACAGUUGUUGUGAAAUUUAUUCGUAAAUCCAAAAUACUCAAUGAUUGCUGGUUGGAAGACCCUCAGCUUGGUAGUGUACCACUGGAAAUAGCACUACUUGCUAAACUUAAACACACAAAUAUAGUCAAGAUGCUUGAAGCCUAUGAAAAUGAAGAGUUUUUUCAAGUCAUCAUGGAAAAGCAUGGGACUGGCAUUGAUUUAUUUGAGUUUAUAGAUAGACAGCCCAAUCUUGAUGAACCAUUGUCUAGUUAUAUGUUUCGCCAGGUUGUGGCAGCCAUUUCUUUCCUCCACAAUAACGAUGUUUUACAUCGUGAUAUUAAAGAUGAAAACAUCAUAAUAGAUGAACAGUUCCAUAUUAAGCUGAUAGAUUUCGGAUCUGCUACAUAUAUUAAGAAAAAGAGGAUGUUUUCAACUUUUUGUGGCACUUUGGAGUACUGUUCUCCCGAAGUGUUGCUAGGAAACAAAUACCAUGGUCCAGAACUUGAAAUGUGGUCACUGGGUGUGACAUUGUACACGCUGAUAUUUAGUGAAAAUCCAUUUUAUGACGUGGAAGAAACCAUACAAGGGAUUAUCAAACCUCCUUUCUUGGUGUCAACAGAACUGAUGCAGUUGAUAGCAUGGCUGUUGCACCCAGAACCAGAGUGGAGAUGUACAUUAAUAGAAUUAGAAACAAACGACUGGAUAAACCAGAGGGUAGAUAUAUCCCAAUAUGAAUGGAAUUCAGUUUUACCACCAGACAAGCAAGGAGGUAUGGAGUUAGACUCACCAGAUAAUAUUGAAUUGGAGCCGCUGGCUAUAGAAGACUCUGAUACAGAGGAAUUAGAAGAAGAGCUACAGAGAUAUCUGAUUGCUGAGGAUGGUGAGAGUCCUGUAAAUGAUAUCCACUCUACAGCUUUUAUCUAAUGUCUGAUGAGAUUUAGAAACGUCUGCGUGUGAGAUUGUUACAGUGGGAUGGUAAAUGUUCUACAGCGGAUCAGGGCAUUAUGAUAAGGCUAUGUUUUCUGUGAGGUUAUUCAGAAUGCCAUUUCUCUUUAGUAGGCCAAUAUUUACUCACAGCAAUACCAGUAAUGUGAUAUAUCAGCAUUUUUAUUAUAAUGGCUAAUAUAGAAAUAUAUAGCCAUAUGGUGCAGUUUGCCUGUUUGUAAAUGACUAUGUAAAGUACACAUCCUAAAUUAUUCCUGCCUUUAUGAGUAUAAUUGAUCUUUGUGUAUACGAGAAAACUACAUUGCAGUUCAUAUCACUUAUCAUUCCAUAUUUCUAUAAGGAAUCUUUGUUUGAAAGGAUAAGUUUAUAAAUCACCUUGUAUUUUUAUUCCUAUGCCAUUGACAGAUAUUGGGUGUGUAUAAAAGGCAAUACUUAUCCUUACAUUUUAAGAUAAUAUUUUGUUUUUAUUACAUAUAUAUUGAUGCCUUUUGUGUUGAUGGAAUGUUUUAUGCAAGCUACCGAUGAUUUCUAUGUGAUUUCUAUGUUGGUGUUUUUAAAUAGAUAAUAUGUUGCCUUAACUUUUAACCAAACUCACAAGCCAUUAUUAUGCCUGCAAAUUAUGUAGAUUUGUUUUUUUCAGCUGGUUUGAAUCUUAUUGUAAAAUUACACUGCCAAAGUGUUUUAGUUUUUAAAGAAUUCUAUUUCGUUUUGUGUCUCAGCAUUCAAUUUUAAUGUAUAGUAAGCAUUCUGAUGAAC